AUGCCAGCUGCUCCACUUCGGGCUUUGGGCUACACCUCUGCCGGGGGCUCUUUCGCCAAGAUCGGUGGCGACAAUAAGCCAAUGAGCUCGUUAAUGAAGAUCGGCUAUGCUACUGGCACUGGCAAUGUCUACUGCAACAAGAUUGUGCUGAUGGACGAAGCGCACAAUCUGGUCCGCAGCCAGACACAGUACGCGGAGCAGUUGCAGCGCUUGCGGCGAUUGCUCUACGAGGCUCGUAGCUUGGUUUUGGCGGGCUUCACCGGCACACCGAUCCUCUCGGAGCCCAGCGAGGGGCGACAGCUCCUGGACAUCAUCAAGGGCGUCAUG